CGGUGCAUUCCUGAACACCAGACGCUGUCAAGGUGCCAGUUCGUUAGAAUCGUGAAUACAGAUAUUAUAAUGCUCAGCUUUUCUGUGUCUUGUCUACUUUCUAUGCUCUUUUUUGUCGUCUAUGUCCUUCCUAUUUUCUUGUCUAUGUCUUCACUCGUCACCUGUGAGUACGCCUGCAAAUUUCGAAUUUCGGGGCCCUUAAACGUACAACGCAAGAGUGUUGCUGCCCUCCUGCAGAGACAUGACACAGUAUGUGAGGCAGUGUUUUACAACUAGCCCAAGUUAUUGUGGAAAGAGAAGGGGAAUCGGUAAAGUAAGAAUAUUGGGAAUAGUGGCGCUACUCCACAUAUGCCAUAUUGCCAUCGGUGACCAAAUUUGUCCGAGCACUCUACUGAGGACUACUGUCACAUUCACCUACCGCGAUCCGGCAUCAUUAUGCUCCGACCAAGACACAACGGCCGUAGGAAGAACGUGCGUUUCAAUGCGUCUGUCAGCGUUACGUCCGUCUGCGACCCGAAAGCGAAGGUUCGCAAAGUUGGGUUCGGAAUUUCUGGACAGAGCGACGCAAGAAAGGUCCUUGCCACGAUGUGUCAGAGCAGCAUACUACCGGAGGCUCAACAAGAGGUACCCAACACUGAUGGGCAUAGGGGAGCCGUCUGAUGCGUGGCAACAGCUCUCCCUGACGUGGGAGGCGCGACGCUCGUCCGGCAUGGAGGACACCAUGAUUCUCUACCAGAAGACACAGCUGCCUACGGUCGUGCUUGCUUCAGCCCUGGAUCUCGAGAUCCUUCACCAGUCACGCCACUGGGUGUGCGACGGUACAUUUCAGUUCUGUCCCUUCUGGGUUUGCCCAGUUGUACAGCAUUCAUGGAUUUCUUCACGGGGAGGCAGUCCCACUUGUGGCACUGUUGCCAUCAAGAUCUACGGCAACGUAUGCUGAACGUUUCAACGUGACCAAGGAUGUACAUAAUAAUAAGUCCAGUGACAAAUGUCCCGAGCUUGGAUGCUGGCAUUGGCCAGCUCAAGGGCCACUUUGAGAACCAGUGACUCUCCAGCAGAGACCAAAUCUUGCUGUGGAACUCCUAUGCGGACACGGAUAACCUGAGGGCGACCAACCAUGCAGAGGGCUGGCACAACUUUCUCAGGGCUAAGCUACGGUGCCAACCAGGGAUGGCACUAGGGAAGUUCAUGGCAGACUACCAAAGAGUCCUACACCACAGCACCCAGGUGCGCAUUCGGCAGCUCCAGCACGGACACCCUGCAACCAGAACCCGGGCCAACUAUGGAGCAAACAAUGUAGCCAUUGCUGAGCUGAAGAGGGGACUGGAAGAAUACUGGAGGACAUUUGUGCACAUUCCUGUGCAGCCACCUUUCCAGAAUGUCAACGACCAGUUUGCUCACAGAAUCAACGAGUACCUGAGCAGUGUGGCACGACGACUGGGAGUAAACACGUGAAACCGGUACAAAUGGGGACCUGUGUUUUAGGGUACAAAUGGCGUCAAACGAUGGAGGAUUCAGCUGCAGCAUGGACGCUCCCUACCAGAACCUGGGCCAACUACGUAGCCAACAUUGUUGCCAUUGCUGAGCCGAAGCUGAGCUAGUAGAAUGUCAUAGGAUCUUGUACACAUUCCUGUGCAGCAGCCCUUCCAAAUGGUCACCAACAAUUUGGUCAUAGAAUCAAUGUGUAGCAUUUUGCUCAAAGACCGGGAGCAGAUACACAUACCAUAUACAAAUGUCCAAUGAGAAUUGGACCAAACAAAACAUUUUUGCAGUGAUUGCUAACACGGCAGAUGCUUUUUUUUUCUUUUCGGCCGUAAUGAGAUUUUGGGCGUAAUGAGACACAUGGGGAUUAAAGGCCAUAAUGAGACUUUCGGCUGUAAUGAGACUUCAGCCGUAAUGAGAUGCUACCCUCUCUACCUUCUACAUCUUGUGUUCCAUCAUGGGUAUCUGCUUCCUUCACAUGUCCUUUUUUUUUCGCCUUCGUUGACAAUGACACGACCAAUAAAAAC